CCCCGCAAUAACUCCCCCCAGCAUUCAAUACCCCCGCACCCUCCAACCUUCUCCCCAUCCACCCUUCGUCUCCGUCCUUCCGUCCCUCGCCUUCGAUCCCCUCUUCCUUCCCCGAUCUUCUUCUUCUUCUCGCUCCCCCCGGCCGGUCGGCCCUCCGUCGUCGCCGCCGCCGAGCAGUGCUGCAGGGGCUGCGUUUACGUGGAGGUAUAGGUGAGUAUUUAACUGGCUUCUGAUUUGAUGAUUUCCGUGGCGGCGGCGGCAGAGGAGGAGGAGGAGUACUGUACUGCUUUCAUGGCGUGAGUAGCCAGCCAGGUGCUAGCUAGGGUUCCGUUCGGGCCGGGAAGACCGAUCGAUCGGGCCAAAUACAUGCCUGGUGGGAUGAUGGUCCCGGGCGGCGGCGGGCGGAACAUGAUCGGCGGUGGCGGCGGCCGGAGCAGCAACGGCGUCGGCGGCGGCUACGGCUCCUCCUCUUCCUCCGCGCUCUCCCUCGGCCAGAACAUGAUGGAUGGAGGGAUGCUGCACCAGCAACACCAUCAGCUCCCAGCAAUUCUGCAGCAUCACCUGGUUGAUCACCACGGCCACCUUCUUCCCCAGCACCAGCACCAGCAGGCCGCCACGAGCGAGAGCGACGCCCGGGGCCCCCAUGGUAUCGGUGGCAGAAACAGCAACAACGACGAGCUGGAGAUGAGCAAGUCCGGCGGCAGCAACAACUUGGAUGGCGGCGGUGGCGAGGAAGAGGAUCAGCAAGAGGAGGAGGACGAAGAGCCAGCGGCUGACGGGAAGCGUCCCCGGAAGAAGAAGCGGUAUCACCGGCACACCCAGCACCAGAUCCAAGAGCUCGAAGCGUUCUUCAAGGAGUGCCCUCACCCGGACGACAAGCAGCGCAAGGAGCUGAGCCGCAUGCUUAACCUCGAGCCCCUCCAGGUCAAGUUCUGGUUCCAGAACAAGCGCACCCAGAUCAAGACGCAGCACGAGCGGCAGGAGAACACGGCGCUGCGGACGGAGAACGAGAAGCUGCGGGCGGAGAACAUGAGGUACAAGGAAGCCCUGGCGAACGCCUCCUGCCCCAGCUGCGGCGGCCCCGCCGCCAUCGGCGAGAUGUCCUUCGACGAGCACCACCUCCGCCUCGAGAACGCGCGUCUCCGCGACGAGAUCGACCGGAUCUCCGCCAUCGCCGCCAAGUACGUCGGCGGCGCCGGCGCCAGCGCCAUCAAGCCUUCUUCCCUGCCCCCCGCCGCCUACCCCCCGCCGGUGGAGUCCUCGCACCUGACCGGCAGCAUGAUCUUCAGCGGCGGCGGCCAUGGCGGAGAGUUGGACAAGCCGAUGGUGAUCGAGCUCGCGGUGGCGGCCAUGGAGGAGCUAAUCCGGAUGGCGCGGCUCGGGGAGCCCCUCUGGGUCCCUUCUUCGUCCCUCUCCGUCGGCGGGGAGACCCUCGUCGAGGAAGAAUACUCCCGCUUGUUCCCCGGCAAGCACUCUUCGUCUUCUUCUUCUCCGGCGCCGGCGGAGAACCAUCCUCCGCGGUCGGAGGCGUCGAGGGAGACGGGGGUGGUGAUCAUGGACCAAGCAACCCUCGUCUCCAUCCUCAUGGACGUCCACCAGUGGUCCUCCGUCUUCUCCAGCAUCGUCUCCCGCGCCGCCACGCUCGAGGUUCUCUCCACGGGCGUCGCCGGCAACCUCGACGGCGCGCUCCAGCUCAUGUCCGCCGAGCUCCAGGUGCCGUCCCCGCUCGUCCCCACCCGCGAGCUCCCCCUCUUCCUCCGCUACUGCAAGCACCACCCCCACGGCGCCGGCGGAGCCGGAACCUGGGCCGUCGUCGACGUCUCCCUCGACAACUCCGGCAGGAACUCAAACAUCCGGCGAAGAGCUUCGGGGUGCGUGAUCCAGGAGAUGCCCAACGGGUACUCCAAGGUGACAUGGAUCGAGCACACCGAGCUCCCCGCCGCAGCCUCCGCCGCCGACUCCAUGGUCCACGAGCUCUACAAGCCCCUCGUCGCCUCGGGCACCGCCUUCGGCGCCCGCCGCUGGGUCUCGACACUCAAACGCCAAUGCGAGCGGCUCGCGAGCGCCGCCAUGAGCGUGCACCCGUCGAGCGCGGACUCGGUGGUGACGUCGGCGGAGGGGCGGCGGAGCAUGCUUCGGCUGGCGGAGCGGAUGACGGCGAGCUUCUGCGGCGGGGUGGCGGCGUCGGCGACCCACCAGUGGACCACGCUCUCCGGCUCCGGCGAGGCCGACGUGCGGGUGAUGACGAGGAAGAGCGUCGACGACCCCGGCCGCCCACCCGGGAUCAUCCUCAACGCCGCCACAAGCUUCUGGCUACCCGUCAGCCCCGCCGAGGUGUUCGCCUUCCUUAGAGAUGAUUCCACCAGGAGCGAGUGGGAUAUUCUCUCCAAUGGCGGCGUCGUCCAUGAGAUGGCUCACAUCGCCAAUGGCCAGAACCAUGGCAACGCCGUCUCCCUCCUCCGCGUCAACAAUGCGAAUGCGAACCAGAGCAACAUGCUGAUCCUGCAGGAGAGCAGCACGGACGAGGAGGGAGGGUGGUCGUACGUGGUGUACGCGCCGGUGGACGUGGUGGCCAUGAACGUGGUGCUCAACGGCGGCGACCCGGACUACGUGGCGCUUCUGCCGUCGGGAUUCGCCAUCCUGCCUGACGGAACGCCGCCGGACUCCGGCGGCAAUGGCGGAUGCGUCGGAGGAGGAGGAGGGUCGCUGCUGACGGUGGCGUUCCAGAUCCUCGUCGACUCCGUGCCCACCGCCAAGCUCUCCCUCGGCUCCGUCGCCACCGUCAACUCGCUCAUCGCAUGCACCGUCGACCGCAUCAAGAACGCCGUCGUCGUCUCCGCCUCCGACCACCACCACCGCUGAACCGCCCGCCAUUCGCAACGGGAGAUCGAUCGAUCAAGAUCAGGAGGGGGAUCAAGAGCGGAUCCGGAGGUUUAUCAUAGCAAAAAACGUGGGGAGUCAAGAACGCACCGCAGACCUUUCUCCUUGCCAAGUGUUGCUUGCAUCUGCAUUUCCAUUUCCAUUGCAUCCAUCCAUCAGCUUCUGUUUAAUCAUUCGUCAUCCAUCCACUCGAUUUCCCUGAUCUCACAUUCCGAGCAAACACAACAGGAAGAUCAAGAAGAGAGGAACACAACCUAGGUCCUGUGAUCAUGGCUGCAGAGAGUUGGUCUGCAGUGAUAUGGCACAGGCUCUGAGUUGUGUUGCUUGAUUGAUUAAUUAGCAUCUGUUCCAGUUUGCUUCAGAUUAGACUAGACUAGGAACACCUUCUCCAUCUUAAUUAGAUUGAAUCACUUCACUUUCCAUGCUGAUCAGUCUCCAUAUCCACAUCAGAUCACAUUUCAGAAGCAAGCAAGCAACACUUUGCAAGGGCGGUUGGUUCGGGUAUUGACUUCUCUUUAGUUUUCUGUCUCUCUGGUCUGCCAAUCCCUCUCUUUCUAGGAUGAUCGAAUGUACAAUCAGCUAGACUUUCAGCUUGGUUAAAUCCCCAUCUGUUGUCGCCAUGUUGUUCUGUUAUGUGCUAGAUUCUCUUUGAACUAGACUUGCACAAGUUUGUUCGUGUAUUGUGUUUGGAACUGUUUCAUCUUGAACUUGGUACUUCAUCCAUCCGGUUGAUUCCAUCUUGCUGAGUUGAUGGUUUUGUUUUUCUUUUGUUGA